AUCCAGCAAUUGCGGCAUCCCACCACCUUCGCAAACCUCGUCGACCGAAGCGACCUCCUCUGUAGAGAUACCCGAGACCGGACAUUCGAUUUCUUUCACCUCAGCCCCGAUCAAGAUGAUGCGAACCCAGGUUUCGUCGCUGCUGCGCGCCGCGCCCCGGUACCAGCAGGCUAUGGUCAUCCGCCGCGCCGCCACCACCCACGCCAUCUCCAACCCGACCCUCGCCAACAUUGAGAAGAGGUGGGAGACGAUGCCUCUCCAGGAGCAGGCCGAGCUGUGGAUGGCCCUGAGGGAUCGCAUGAAGGGUCCCUGGCAGGAGCUGACCCUCCAGGAGAAGAAGGCUGCCUACUGGAUUGCCUUUGGUCCCCACGGCCCCCGUGCCGCCGACCCUGCUGGCGAGGGUUCCCGCGUCUUCUUCGGCACCCUCGCUGCCGUCGGUGCCAGUCUCGCCAUCUUCGGCGUCAUCCGCCUGUUCGCCAAGCCCCCUCCCCCUACCAUGACCAAGGAGUGGCAGGAGGCUUCCAACGAGGUGCUCAAGAACCAAAAAGCCGAUCCUCUCACCGGUAUCGCCUCCGAGGGCUACGCCGGCGUCGGACAGGUUCAGUCGCCUCCCAAGCACUAAACUGGGCUUUCUCCCUCCCAACGUCAUUAGAUCAAUACCGGCCGUUUCGCCCCCCUUGUAUAAAACGACCCCUGAGAGCAACAAGAGAGGAUGGAGGGUUAUUAUUGGUGUUAGGUCAAUCGGGAACAGACAGGACGCGCGCGCGGGUGUAAAUAGUGUACCGGAAGAGCUCAACUUAAAGCAUCUUUUUUUCUUUUGUCUGCC